AUGAAGUAUUUCCCAGUGUAUUAUCCAUCUGAGGGAUGUGGUUGGUUUGGUAACUUGGAUAUCAAUCGUGUGUUCCAGAGCCACAGGCUCGUCUACGGCGUCGCAUCAGAAACCUUGUUGACGAGCAGUAGUGCUGGUUCCUUACUAACUUUGAAGUACUCAUCAUACCACCUUUUAAUUCUCAUCAUCUCAACCGAAAAAUUAAUUCCAAAACGGUCCGCAAGAUGCUUACCUGAUCCCACAGCCGAUUCCGCGAACGCCUUGUUUUUAAGGCCGAUGAAUUGGGUAAAAAAGGUGAUCAUCCAGAACGAGGCUUAUAACGAGCAAAAACCUGCAGUUGCUACGGAUUUAUCAAACUCAACUUGGGUGGAGACAAAGUAUUUAGGUGUAAUGGGUGUGGAGCAGUGA